AUGGCGGGCGUGGGCCUAUCACCUUCCAGCCGCGCCGCGGACUGCCAAGGCGAUGGCGUCAGCGGCGGCCCUGGCCCCGCGAGGGACGCGCCCGCGGCGCCCGCGCCUGCGCCUGCGCCCGCGCCAGGCGACUGCGGGCCGCCGGCGCGGGACGAUCAGUCGUCGAAGCGGGACCGGUCCCUGCUGGGGCGGCUCCGGCGGCUCAAGGGGGCGUGGCACGGCAAUCAGCGCGCUGACGAGGACAACUCCCAGGUGACCCCUGGGCUGCCAGCCAAUGCUUUUCUAACACCUAAGCGCGUCUGCUCCCCGUCUACUGUGCGCGACAACGCCCGAGACGGCGGCGUCUCGGCACCAAUAUCUGUCUUGGCCCGCCUUCAGCACCAGGACAGCGCACAACACAUCGCGGCCGCGCCCGCCCGUCCCGAUCGCGCCCCCCCGCCCCCGCCCUCUGCCCAAACCUAG